AUCUUAUUUCUGUAGUAGGUGAUUUAAAUCUUCCUGGUAGUAUGAUACUUAGGAGUUUGUCGGCGAUGAUAUACUGUGUUGCACUCUGCCAGAGUGACUCUAACGACGAAUGUGGAUUGAUAUCUGAAAGUGAUGUAUCAUCGGCUUCAGAGUCAUUUGUGUUCUCAUCAUCAUUUACUCUUACUGAGGGGUGCACGAGAGACGAGAUUUGUAACAAGGAAACCAAGCCACAUACAUGUGUCUGUAAAGAAGGGUUUACAAGAGAUGGAGAGAACUGCAACCCAACGACAACUUGCAAACGGCCAGCACCGCCUAGGAGGUUCGGAAGUUGGUCCACUGUAGAUGCCAGAGAGAAUGAACUAUUUUAUCCUGGAGACCGCAUCCUUUACAAGUGUGAUAGUGGCUAUGCUCUCAAAAGUAGUAACGGCAAGAAAUUCAGAAAAUGUGGUGCUGACGGACUAUGGUAUCCUAAAAGAGUUCCAGUGUGCGUCG